AUGUGUUGUACAGGCGAAUCCGACCAUAGUUGUACAGUUGAACCUUCUUCGAUCUUUUUGACUUCAGACCCCCCUGAGACCGCCAGAUGUUUUUUUUUAUUUUUUACUGGGGCUCAUAAAUUGCAAUCCUUUGGGUUGGCUGGGACCGCUAGAAAAAGAGCUAAAAGAGGUUAUAAAGCAACGACGGCAAGCAAUUGGGUGAAAGUCAAACCCCUGCGCGCAAAGAGCGCUGCGCAGAUCAAAACUCGCCGAGCACCUAACGCGGACUCCAACGGGCGGUGA